AUGCCUCCGGAUAGAGGCCGCGCCUCGAGGGCCUGUGCUUCCUGUAGGAAACAAAAGACCCGGUGUUACGAAUCAGGCGUCACCGGAGGUCCAUGCCUCAGAUGCGAACGACUUAGACAGCGGUGUUCAUUUACUCAAGAUGCACUCGAGGAUCAUCCGACAUCCGACUCUAGCACUGGCUCACGUUUGGAACGCCUGGAAAAGGUCGUCGCUCGUCUUCUUGAUUGGCUUGGAGAGGACUCCCACAUCUUUGACGAUAAUCCAGACCACAAUGCAAAUAAUCGAGCGACUGCAACAGAGCCAGUCCCCGUGCCAAAGAGCGCCGACUCCUCCGCGGCUCCGGUCAUGGUAAUCCGUGAAUUGGCAGCAGACACCGGCAUUGAGCUGCCAAAUACAUCCCAGCCCAUUGCCCUUGAUGGCCUUGUUCCUCCAGACCUUGCUUUGCACCUCGUCUCCAUAUUCCAGGAGCAUUACGGCCGCUGGGUCUUGUUCGACCCUGACGAAGACCUCCAAGACCUGCUAGGCCAGCUGAGAAAAUCGCCGCUUCUUUUCGGUGCAUGUUGUUUGAUUGCAGUGCGGCAUACGUCUCAAGAACUUGCCGCGACGCUCGCUCCGAAGCUUUACGAAUGUGCCCGUUCACUUGUCCAGAAUGCACUCCUUGUGUCUCCUCAGCCGCUCGAGUUCUUCCAGGCUACCCUGAUACUAUGCAUGUGGUCCACAACGGUCGGGCAAGUGCCCCUCAGCAUAGAUAGCUGGUUACUCAGCGGUUUCGCUCUACAACACUGCCAGUCAAGCUCUUUGUUCUCAGCAGUGAUUGGUGCAACGUCAUCUACGGCAGGGCUUAACCGGGAUAUUCUCAAUCGCUGGUUCCUCUGGAACCACAUCUGCCUCGUCCAUCUCCACUACUCCGUCGGAACCAGCCGGCGGUCAAUGUUGCAAGACUGGCACUUGGCGCGGUGCCGCGCCAUUGUUGGCUCCGAUCGCGCCACCAACUACGAGUUGCGAAUGGUCGCUGAAAUCUACCUCUAUCGAACUGUAUACGAACACCUGGCUGGACCGGUGGAUAUACAGCAAUCGAUGGCUGCGCUUCAGGCUUGGAGCAAGGAAUGGCAGUUCGUUCUCGAACAACCCCGAGCGCAGUUCCUGAUGAUGGGCUUUCAUUUCUCCCACCUCCUGCUUUAUGACAGAUGUUUAAAGUCAAAAUCUGCGCGGGCAAAGGAAUCAGUAGUCUCCGAAAUGCUUUCCCACGCAACGACCAUCAUCCGCCUGGCUAUGGACACCGUUGACGAGCGCACCCGACACUUGAGCGACCACAUUUAUCAUAUGAUCACAUUCGCCGCCAUCUCCAUAUGCCGUCUGCUUGGUAACCCCGAGCAUAAUCUUGGGUCGACUCAUGAUGUGGCCGGGCUGGACCUGUUGAUCAACAAUUUGAUACAAUGGCUGCAAUCCAUCGGACUCCCUUGCCAUGCCGCUCACACGUUUGGACUCAUCAUCACCCAGGUGCAGCGGAAGAUGCGUCCCCAAGUCGAGACCACCGUGUCGAAUCCCCCAACUGAUAUCCUGACGGAAGACUUUACUCGUUUCUACUUUCCGGAAUUUCUGGGAGUCGCCGCAACACCCAACGGUGCUUGGGAUGCAACUCCUGGAUUUGCUUUCUUUCCGCAUGACCUUCCCCCUGAUGGAAUGGAUUGA